UCAGUUGGAGGAGCAAUUAAAAAGGGAUAAAAAAUUAAGAGAUGAACAAUUGAAAAUGAAAAGAAAAAAAUUUUUACAAACAUCUACAAAACCUACACUAACUAAUGAAACAGACUAUAUAUUAUAUUCGAAAUGGAGGUUUCUAAAAGAACCCCCUUUCUCAUCAAUUAUAAACCUGUUCAAGAAAAAUUAAUGGGCGUGGCUUAUUUGUGAGUAUAAAAGCUGAUGCAAAACUCAGAUCUUGACAUUAUUAAAAAUCAUUGAUGGCACUUAAUAUGAAUAAUAAGAAACUUCUUACCUCCCAAAUUUUACCCGAAGUAGAAAUAAGUAUUAAUCCAAACGGAAUAACAAUCUCAAGUGCCCGUUUACUACCACCUCGAUUUAUUCCUUAUGACCAAGGCGGUAAAUGUCGUGAAUGUAAAAGCACAGAAGUGGAAUUAGAUUUUGUUGUGACAAAGGAAGGAAUUACAAUUUAUUGUACUCGCAUUUCAGGAACACGUUUUGUACCAUUUGAUAUCGUAUAUGACCUGCCGGGAAUCUGUUUCUUUAAGAUCAAAAACAAAGGCCGUGUAUUCAAUAUUCCACAUAAUUCAAUUCAACCUUCACAAACUAAACCACAACAACCCUGCAAAAACCAAAUUAAAUCUGAAACACAAGAAACCCCACUUCAAAAUUCUGCUCCACCGCGAAAACGUUCAAAAACUACAAAUGAAAAUGCCGAACAAAAAGAGAAAAAUAUAUUAGAUGAGUUUUUUGAUAGUCUUGAUGCAGCAACAACAGGGAUUCAGUCAGAUAAAAUAAAUAAUUUAAAGAAACAGGCUAUUAACAUGAAAGAAGAAGAAGACACAGCUAUAGAAUCAUUAUUUAAGUGA